AUGCCUUCGAUUGAAGAAUUACCUUCUGGAUCUGGAAGUACUGUCAAAUCUCCCAAGGCAGAAAACAUGGAGUUGGAGUCGGACUCUGAAGACGAGUUUCAUGAUGCUUGUGACCGGGUAGCGCCAAGAGAAGGCGCGGCUAUUGAGUUUACGGAAGAGGAAAUACUUGAUCUCCUUUCUAGAGCUGAGUUGUCAAAGUCCCAGGGGAAUAAACUAUAUGUCGAGGACCGAUGGGAAGAAGCGAAAGAACAUUACAAGCAUGGCUUGACGUGUGCGCCUAAACGCAAGCAUAGCCCUCCGAAACCAACACCAAACGGGAGAGAGGGCAGGCUCGACCCUCGCUCGUCAACAGAGCCCGAAUCACGACCUCCGGAGGCAGAAUCCUCUUCAUCUGAGGAACUAUCCGAACUAGAAAAGAAAUCGGCCUCAUUACGUGCACAACUUAAUUGCAAUGUUGGUGCUUGUUGUGUCAAACUUGGCGACCAUGAAGGAGCAGUCAAAGCCUGUACUGAAGACUACACAACUCUCCUGGAGCUCCUCCCCCCUUCAUCAAAGGGCUCGGUCCGAGUUGCUCUAACGAGGUUAAAGCCUCGCGUUCAGGAAGCUAAAGAAAAAGAGACAGCAGAAAUGAUGGGCAAGCUUAAGGAUUUAGGGAAUAGCCUAUUGGGGAGGUUCGGGCUGUCGACUGAUAAUUCCAAUUUACUCCGAAUGGCCAAGGAGGAUAUGGAAUCAACUUUGUGA